UUGACAUGUAAAGCACCUUGUAACUCUGUUUUAAAAAGCGCUUUAUAAAUAAAAGAUUACUAUUUUGAAAAUCCCCACCGGAAGCUGUGAAAGCACUCCGUGCCGGUGUGCGGAGCUGCUGGGGGUCCUCGCACAGCCGCUCAGCUCAGCCACGCAGCGGAUGCGGGGCCGGGAUGAGGUGCGUGUCGCUGCCUUUUGUGCGGCUUCCGUGCGUCGAUUAAAGAUGCGAUUAAACAGCCGAGAAACAAACAAAAACAAACUGCGUCAAGCGAAAACACACCGAGCAACACUCCGGUGAUGACCGAGCGUGGAAGCUGCGGACGGAUGCGCGUCGGGAGAAAGUGAAUUUGGAGGCACUUUGGCUGCUCGGCUCUUUGUGCUGCAGGUUGCAGCUUUUUCCUUUUGGACUGAAAGGCCUCCAAGAUAGAUUCCCUCAGGAGUAAAGUGGACUUGCUGCGCCUCCCCUUGGCCCUCUCCACCAAGUCCAUCAGCAAUCGUAAGAGUCAGCUGGGCGUGGUCUGGGAGAAAGGCGGCGGCGGCCCGGGGGCAGGAGGGGCUAGGAAACUCCGCCCACCGCUAGCCUCCGACAUGGACAACGAGUCGACGUACUCGGGCUACUCCUACAAGUCGUCCCACUCACGAAGCUCCCGCAAACACAGGGAGAGGAGGGACAGGCAUCGCUCGAAGAGUCGGGACAGCAGCAUCCGUGGAGACAAAUCAGUGACCAUCCAGGCUCCAGGAGAGUCGCUGCUGGACGUCGAGUCCACCAGAGGAGACGACAGGGAUGACAACUGGGGCGAGACGACGACUGUGGUCACUGGCACCUCCGUGGACAGCAUCUCCAACGAGGACCUCACACGGGUCUCUAAGGACAUUGAGGAUUCUUCGCCGCUGGAGUGCCGGCGUUACCUCGGCCCAGCGUUGGGCGCCGUCCUGGGGCUCUUUGCUCUGGUCACUCCUCUGGCCUUCCUGGCGCUCCCUCAGCUCCUUUGGCGGGACACACUGGAACCUUGCGGCACACCAUGUGAGGGUCUUUACAUUUCUCUGGCCUUCAAGCUCCUGAUCCUCCUCAUCUCCACCUGGGCGCUUUUCCUCCGCCCACCCAGAGCCACUCUGCCACGCUUCUUCAUCUUCCGUUGUCUGCUGCUGGCGUUGGUCUUCCUCUUCGUUGCGUCUUAUUGGCUCUUCUACGGGGUUAGGGUGCUGGAGCCCAGAGAGACGGACUACAGGGGGAUUGUGGGAUAUGCAGCAUCUCUGGUGGACGCGCUGCUGUUCAUUCAGUACCUGGCCCUGGUGCUGCUGGAGGUCAGACAUCUGCAGCCUGCAUUCUGUCUCAAGGUUGUGAGGACCACAGACGGAGCCAGUAGCUUCUACAACGUGGGACAUCUUAGUAUUCAGCGAGCAGCAGUGUGGGUUCUAGAUCAGUACUACAGUGACUUCCCAGUGUAUAACCCCGCCCUGCUCAACCUGCCCAAGUCCAUCCUCUCUAAGAAGAUGUCUGCCUUCAAGGUCUACAACCUGGGGGAAGAGAACAGCACCAAUAACUCUACAGGUCAGUCCAGAACCAUGAUCACAGCUGCUGCUCGGAGGAGAGACAACUCUCACAAUGAAUACUACUACGAGGAGGCAGAGAUGGAGCGGAGGGUCCGCAAACGUAAGGCUAGAUUGGUGGUGGCAGUAGAAGAAGCCUUUACCCACAUCAAGCGCCACCAGGAUGAGGAGGUGAUCCCCUCUUCGCCUAAACACCCUCGGGAGGUGAUGGACCCCAGGGAGGCGGCCCAGGCCAUCUUUGCCCCCAUGGCGAGGGCCAUGCAGAAGUACCUCCGCGCCACCAGGCAGCAGUCCUACCACAGCAUGGAGAGCAUCAUCAACCACCUGCAGUUCUGCAUCACGCACAACAUGACCCCCAAGGCUUUCCUUGAGCGUUACCUCAGCCCAGGUCCCACCCUCCAGUACCUGGACACCAGCAGGGGGCGCCAGUGGACACUAGUGAGUGAGGAGCCAGUGACUGCUGCUCUGCGUCAGGGCCAGGUCUUCUCACUCAGACGCCUGGACUUCUCCCUGGUCGUCACGGUGACGCCACUCCCCUUCCUGCGCCUGGGCGAGGAGUUCAUCGACCCUAAGAGGCACAAAUUUGUUAUGAAACUCCAGUCAGAGACAUCUGUGUAGGACAAGGGUGGUGAACGAUAGUGCCGUUCGUAAGCGUGACGCCCAAAUGAUGUGGCUGAAACAUCACAAUAGUCAAGGCAACAGUAACACCCCAUCACAGACUUUGUUCCUCAAAUGUCAUAAGAUUAGACACUCAAAGUGCUGACUGUUAACUUCUGAUGUUGUAUUAUAGACUGCUUCCAGUUUUCAUGACACUGAAGUAUUUGUGCUGCUUUUGGUGCUAUUUCACUACACAUUCAAUGAAAUAAGUGUUUUUGAGAAAAAAAGUUGGUCCUUUGGUUAAAAAAGUUACACUUAAAUUUGAUUUGAUCCACAUUUAUUAUUCAGGCAACAAUUUUUCAAUAGAAUAUAUACCCAUGUAGGGUGUGGACUGUUUUUGGUAAAUGUACCAAGCCUUCUGAGUGUGCACUGACCUUUAAAAUGCACUAUCAGACCUGACAGGCUUCACUUUAGCUCACUCAUUGCCAGAGCUAAUCUUAAUUCUCGUUUCCCUUUUUACUUGAACUUCUUGUUUGGACUUUCCAAGCUACAAACAGGCAGAAUCAGACAUUUACUUAAAGGUUCUCUGGUCUUUUCUCGUCUUUUGGACGUUGAUUGGAUUCACUGGCUGAAUCGAAGGGGGGUGAAACUGCCUUUAAAUUGCUUCCCCUAUUUUUGAUUCCACUGAAUAGUGCACCGACGAGUGGACACAUACUUCCCACUGAAAGUAUAUAGUAAGAUACACUGGAUUGACUUUCAAUGCACUGAGCAUUUCAUAAAAUGCGCUGUAUUAUUUCCUGCUCAGGUUUUGGUGAAUCACUUCUCAUUUCUGGAGAACUGAAAGAAAUGUACUCCUACACUGGGAGGAAAUAUAACUUUGUUAGCACAAUGUAAAUACCAGUAUACUGUAUGUCCAAUAUCUCUGGUAGCUGAUGUAUUCACCUUUACAUAUGAGGUUUGAAUUGGACUUAAUGAGCUCCAACACAAUACAGCCAGGCACCACCAAUGUGCUUCUUUUUGGCAGCUUGAUGUUUUUGAUAUUUUGCAAAGUGAGUGUGUGAAUUUGUGUGUGUGUUUGGAUCACAAAGUGGACAAAGUGGGCAACUGCCUCGUGGCCUGAGACCGUAAAGCCCCAGGUUCCCCUCAUGUGCGUAAUUGGAUUAAUUGCAAGUCUCCGGCACCAAUUCAAUAUGCUGAAUUGGCCAGUAAGGGCCAAGAAGGGCCGAUUAUGCCAGCGGUGCAGGACCAUGUGUCAAAUGUAGGGUGACGCGCUCACCAGCGGCCAGGCAUUGACCAACAACCAACCAUCAACUUAGUGUGUCGGGACCUAUAGACGUACUGUAACAAUGCCUCGGGGUAAAGUAGAUGGUGGCAGCAUGCAACCUCAAAAGGAAUGGUUGCAAUCUGCCAUAAAAAGUAUAGAAGAAGAAUCUAUGCACAAUUAAAGCAGGAAGUACCUUGAAGUUUCCACCAUAAAUUGAAUAGAAAUAGAAUAGAAAAGGCACAAAUUGUUGCAUAAAACUUUGAUAGAAUGCAGUAAAUGAGGUGUUUAAUGGUCAGAAUUUCUUAGGGGAGGGCCCUGGCUAAAUAUGUGUCCCCCCAAAUGUUGAAACAAAACCUACACCCUUGUUACACUACAUUAAUUAUUUUUAGAUAUUUAGCCAUGUGAUCAAGGGAGGGCGUUGUCGGUCACUUGCCCCGCUACUUUGGUCCAGACUGGAGUAUCUCAACAAAUAUAUGCCGUAAAUUUCAUACAGACCUUUAUGGUGCCCAAAAUUUGUCCAGAAUAUCUGCCAGAUGUUUCCACCAGCCUCAGUUGUACUUUGUUUAAAGCUAAUUAGCAAAUGUCAGUAGCCUAAAAAAAAAAGCAUGUUUAUACACUGAAGUAAGAUGAACAUGAUCGACACUACCUUUUAAGACAGGUUCUUCAAUACCUAACCUUGUGGCCCUGUCCUGUAGAAGUGCCCUGAGUCAAAAUCUACUUUUCAAGACCUUAAAAAAGUACUUCGCGAUUUAGCAUUGCACUCCCAUGACACUGUUAGGCUCACGAGAGACAGUAAAACAAAAAAAAUUUAUUCCACACAUUCUCCUUUCUGGUCAAAACAUGUCGCCAGAAUUACCCAUAAUGCAACUCGAGUGGGGACUAAGAACUUUUGCGAAGCCAAUUUGAGAGUUUUAUCAGUAGCACGGGGUAAAAUCUCUCAGUAAGCGAGAGACUGAAUCUGUGACCAUAUGCUAACAACAACUGUCACUUCCUGGUAGACAACUGACAAACGAUUUUAAUUGAGAUAUGUAAAACUGGCAAACUUGGUUACUUCUGUUGUCAUUUUCCAAACCGGUCUCACUCCCAACUCAUCAAAUACCAACGCUUGGAGAGUGGCCGUUGGCAUCGCUACUGAUGGUGAAACAAGGCACCCUUUGGCAGUGGUAUGAGAUGCACCAGGUGGCGGCUUAGUGAUGGCCAAGUGAAGCCUCAUGAACCACUUUCUUUAUUUUCUGACCCCACCACAUGGCGCUCUUGGUUUAAAGAUAAAGGCUGAAGGACUGGCAAUGAAGUGUGCUUUCAAACCUUUGUUGAACAGACAGCGCCAUCUGGUGGCUUCAGAAAAUAAAGACAGUGGUUCAUGAGGCCUCAUUUGGCCAUCACUAGGCAGCAUUCUUUGAGGCUCUGCGCAACUGCUGUGGUAUAAAGGCCGAGAAAGUCUGUAAAGGGCAGGUGGGAGCAGAGGUAGAUGUCUGUGUGAAACCAAAAGUCGGAGCUAUUUUUUAUUUUGCGCACAGAAGCUGUUGUAAAAAAACAUUGUGAUUCAGCCUAUUGGCACGUCGUUUCCCAUUAAGCAUUUGAUUUUUGGAGCUUGUGAAGACAAGCUGCGGUGCUCGCGUCUUUGUCCCUUGAAAUUUUCACAUCAGUUGCGUUGUCAGAGCAAGCCUGACAAUAUUACUAACCAUCAUGCAAUGCACUCUGCAAGACGGCAAUCGCAGGAAAGCGUAGGUGCUGCUCAGCUCAAACAAGCCCACUUCCUCAAAGGGCUAGCCUUCAGAUGUCUUUCUACCUUUGUUAGACAGUCAUGGGCUGGCUCAGCUUGGGUUUGGGCCAUCAGCCCAGCACAGCAGGGAUUUGCAUCUCCAUUACAAAUGGGCUACCCGCUUGAAGGUGUGUCAUUAGGAGCAGGAGCAUGUCUUAAGUCCCUCAUUAUUUUUGCUGCAUGUGUUUUUCCACAGCAGGGCAGGUAAAAGAAGUUUAUCUGUCAGAGGUGAGCUGUUGCAGAGGUGCAGUAAGAGCCUGUUGUCUGCAGCUCUUCAUUAACAUCUCACUGUGGCUGUUCUGCUUUUAAUCUUCCUCCUUGCGGUAUUGGUAGGCUAGUUUUUAUUGAGGAAAGGCAGCUAACAAAAUUCCACUAAUUUGGUGGUAAACACGUUUCAUUUCCUCUAGAUUCUUCACAAUAAAGUUCCCCUGUUAUUUUGUCAUGUAAACGCUUUUAUUGUGAAGAAGCAAAAUAAGAGAUGCAGGGUUUUCAUCAGGACUAACUUAACAAGACUCAUGCGGCCAAAGUACAAACCGGGACACAGGACAGAAACUAAACUCCAACCAAAGACGUUCAGUUAGAAGCUACAAACAUACUGAGAACUGAACACACAGAGACUUUUGAAAACGCCUGUCUCAUUAGUCUCCCGCAGACAGGUGAGAGGUGAGUCUCGCACCACACAUGCUUGUUUCAGGGGGAAGAGGAGUCAUCAGGGGUUGGUUCGGUUGGCGAGACGUCACCGCUACCUGCUUUAGAGUGGGCGUUUGUGCUUGUGGACCUACUCCAGAGACGAGGUCUACUCCAGGUCCACAGCACAUCACAUCUAAACUGAUGAUAAACAAACAAAUCGGCUUGACUCAGCGCAGCCAGAAGUGGUCAUGGUGCAUGUCCUUACCUCAAAGUGACAUCUUUUGAGGAUGUUUCUCAGACUUCACACAGCUUCCUCUUUAGACACUGCAGUUGCAUUGUCCAAUACCCAUAAACAAACCCCGGCACUUGCCCUUUAAUUGCUUCAAGGUAACUGACUCACAAAAAAAACAGUCCAAAACCCACAGAUAUUCAGUUUAUUAUCCAACAUAGAAAGUCAACAUAUGUUAAGCCAGAACAGAUGAUUUGCGUGUGUGUGUGUGUUUUCCUUAAAAGAAAUCCUAAUUCAUGAAUAAUCAAAAUAGUUGCAGGUUCUGUUGAUUAGCUAACUGAUUAACAGACUAAUCAUUCCACUUUUAGAGUACCAUAGUGCCAUAAGUAUUGGGGUCAACAGGGGUCCUUCAGCAGGUAAAUCCGGCCAUGGGUUGAUCUGUGUGCACAUUUUCUUGUGUGUCUUGUGACUCAAAGAUAUCUUUUUUACACUACAGCUAGAUUGCCUUUCCACUCAGAAGCAGCUUACGUGUAUAUUUCAUUGCAGUUUUCUAAGGUUGUAUUUUCCUGUUUUCAAAUGGAUCACUGUGUUGUACUUGAGUAAGCUCCUAACACUUGUCUCUGAAGAGCAUUGUCUUUAAAAACGAGAUUUACUGUGUUACACUGUGUUUUUUUAGGACUGAGUUGUUUUUUUAAAUAAAUAUCU